UUGAGUUAAUUGUUGUAUCGAGAAGCGAAAUCAUGGUGGUCGGAGUGAUUUGGGUGUUGCUGCUCUUCUUCUCGGCUUUUAAUCUUGGAGUGAAGUGCCAGGUAAGCUUUGGAUAUGAGAAUUUCCCAGAAUUCUUGGCGGAUUUCAUCCUCUCGGGAGAUGCAAACAUAAGCAAUGGAGCGCUCCUUCUCACCGGCGAUCGCACCUUCAGCUUUGGAAGAGCAAUGCGGAGGCAGACCAUUCAGUUGUGCAACUCGUCGGGAUUCAUGGCCUCGUUCGUGACUGACUUCACUUUCCUCAUCCAGAAGAAAGAGUCUGACCUUGUCAACGCCGAUGGCUUUGCGUUUACCAUCGCCCCGAACGCGACCGCGCCUUCGAACGAGAGCUAUGGACGCUGGAUGGGCCUCUUUGACAAGAACACGAAUGGAUUUCCGUCCAACAAUCUGGCAGCGGUGGAGUUUGACACCUUUCGAAACCAGCCAGGGAUGUACCCAGCGUUCCAAGACAUUGACAACAAUCACGUCGGUCUCAAUCUCAACAGCAUGCUAUCCAUCAGCUCGAGCUCGCUCUAUCCCUUCCAGGUCUUUCUCGGCUCCGGAGCUCCAAUGGCUGCUAGGAUCGAUUACAACGCCACCGCUAAGAGGCUGCGAGUUUACGUCUCGGACAACGUGACGAGGACCAGAGUUGGAAGCCUGGUCCUGGAGCACAGCUUUGAUAUAUGCUCCAUCAUUUCAAAAGAGAAUACUUUCGUGGGCUUCUCCGCUGGAUCUGGAUCGAAAAACAUCGACUUCCACAAGAUCUUGUCGUGGAAGUUUGAUAGCAGCGAGCUCUUCCUCCCGGUGACGGAGGAUCCUGGCAGCAGAGGUGACACGCAGACUUCUCGGGCAAUCAUACUUGGAUCUUCAUUGUCGUCAGCUUUUUUAGUUUUGCUCGGAAUCAUUGGAGUGACAACCUUGGUAGCGCUCUCAAGGAGGCGAAAGGCGCAGGAAAACGAUCUCGUCCAGCUCCCUCACAGCAUCUCAUACGCAGAUCUGAGCGCCGGAACAAACAACUUUAGCAAAGACAACUUGCUCGGCCGGGGCGGAUUCGGCAGCGUCUACAAAGGUGUGCUUCCGAACGAUCAGUCUCUAGUAGCGGUGAAGCGGAUCUCCAAAGACUCACAGCAAGGCGAACGAGAGUUUCUUGCCGAGGUGCAAAUCAUCAGCCAGCUGAGCCAUCGUAAUCUCGUCAAGCUCCGGGGGUGGUGCAAGCAAAAGCGAGAGCUCAUCCUAGUCUACGACUUCAUGCCUCGCGGGAGCCUCGAUCGAGCUCUCUUCGAUCCCGACGAGCCCGUUCUUCCCUGGGAGGUGAGGUAUAGAAUUCUUUGCGGCCUCGCAGCGGCGCUUCUCUACAUCCACGAAGACUGGGAUCAGCAAGUCGUGCACAGAGAUAUCAAGAGUAGCAACGUGAUGCUUGACGCGGACUUCAAUGCCCGACUGGGAGACUUUGGCCUCGCUCGAGCACUGGAGCGUGAUAGAGCUGACAACAUGGAAUCGACCACCAUUGCUGGAACGCUCGGAUACAUGGCUCCGGAGAUCUUCCAAACGUUUUCAUUCACUCCAACCACGGACGUGUAUAGUUUUGGAAUGGUGGCGCUCGAGGUGGUGUGUGGGAGAAAGGUGGUGACCAAAUUCAACACAGGGAAGAGCUUGCUGCUUCCAUGGGUGCAAGACUGUUACAUGGACAACCGGCUUUUGGACACAGUGGAUUUCAGACUAAAUGGGGACUUCGACGCUGGAGAGGCAAGCCGAGCUCUGAAGACCGCGCUCAUGUGCGUGGAUCUUAAUCCCGCGAGAAGACCCAGCAUGAGGCCAGUACAUUUCAUUCUCACUGGUGAUAUCACUCUCACUGUUUGAGCGAUCCAGUGAAAGCUUUGGGAUUAACUGUUUGAAGACUGGAUUUUUCUUUCA